ACUAAAUCUUAUGUUGCACAUAUAAAUGCAUUUAUAAAACAAGAGACCGGUUGAUGCAUUUCUUGAUUCUGCGAUGCGACCACGUAUAUUUGGUACUUUACUUGCAUACUGCUUCCUUGAACGCACACCUUUGUUGCGUCUACCGCAUAGUUUAAUUAUAUCAAGUGGAUUCGUGAAUGCAUCAUCGUUGAUAGCUCCUGCUUCUCCACGUAGAUUCUAUUCUUCCAUUUCUAAAAUCACUAUGUACCAGGACAUCAUUAAGAAGCCAUGUGCUGAGGUCAUCACCGUACCUCUCUUCCAGGACAACUAUGGCUACAUUGUAGUUGAUCCUGAUGGAAAGCAUGCCUUUUGUGUUGACCCAGCUGAGCCAAGAAAGAUACUAUCGGUAAUAGAUGAACGUAAAUUAACUUUAAAAGCUGUGUUUUGUACGCACAAACACCAUGAUCAUAGUGGCGGAAACCUAGAAAUGGCACGUAUAAUACCGGGAAUACCUGUAUAUGGUUCCAAUAAUGAAGACAUGGCAGGAAUGACAAACGGUAUUAUGGACGGUGAUGUAGUACGCCUAGGCGGUUUGGAGAUUAAAGGAGUUCGUGUUCCAUGCCACACCCUUGGUCAUAUGUUGUACUAUGUAACUAAUCCAUCUGAUCCUACCAUGCAACCUCUGAUGUUUACUGGUGACACAAUAUUCAUCGGUGGUUGUGGCCGUUUCUUCGAGGGUACUGCCGAUAUGAUGUUAAAUAUCAUGAACACUGUUAGGCAGUACCGUAAAGACAGCCUCAUAUACUGUGGACAUGAAUAUACGGUCAAAAACUUAAAAUUCGCAAGCACUGUAGAUGAUUCCCCAGCUGUGAAGCGCAAAAUGGAAUGGGCUGAAAGUGCUAGGCAGCAGAACCUUCCCACAGUGCCAUCGACGCUCGGAGAGGAACUGGAAUACAACCCAUUCAUGCGUACUGCUACAUUGAUGGACAAAGUUGGUGAAACCACUGAGGUAGGAGCCAUGCGCAAGUUACGUCAAAUGAAGGAUCGGUUUUAGAUAUGUUUCUUUAAAUGUAACAUUCAAAAAUGUUUGAUUGCCGCCUUGGUAAUGAUGUAAAAUAUAGACCGAAUGUAGAGUCUAUAAAACGUAGCAAAACACAU